UGGAGAAGCUCAGAUCCUACCCCCCGUUUAUCUGAGGAACUCUUUUGGGUAACACAAAAUGAUUUGAUCAUUCAGGACAAAACUACUAGAGGAGCUCUGGACGACGGCUAGAGACCAACAGUCCCUAUAGGUGGCUCUCAGUGUGACAUACCAACAAUGAGCGGGUGUUUUCCAGUUGCUGGCCUCCGGUGCCUAUCUAGGGACGGCAGGAUGGCUGUGCCGGGCGCGCCGCGCUUCCUCCUCACCUUCGACUUUGACGAGACGAUCGUGGACGAAAACAGCGACGACUCGAUAGUGCGCGCGGCGCCGGGCCAGCGGCUGCCCGAGAGCCUGCGGGCCACCUACCGCGAGGGCUUCUACAACGAGUACAUGCAGCGGGUCUUCAAGCACCUGGGCGAGCAGGGCGUGCGGCCGCGGGACCUGCGCGCCGUCUACGAGGCCAUCCCCCUGUCCCCCGGCAUGGGCGACCUGCUGCAGUUUGUGGCCAAGCAGGGCUCCUGCUUCGAGGUGAUUCUCAUCUCGGACGCCAACACCUUCGGCGUGGAGAGCGCGCUGCGCGCCGCCGGCCACCUCGGCCUGUUCCGCCGCAUCCUCAGCAACCCGGCGGCGCCCGACGCGCGGGGGCUGCUGACGCUGCGGCCCUUCCACACGCACAGCUGCGCGCGCUGCCCCGCCAACAUGUGCAAACACAAAGUGCUCGGCGACUACCUGCGGGAGCGCGCCCAGGACGGCGUGCACUUCGAGCGCCUUUUCUACGUGGGCGACGGCGCCAACGACUUCUGCCCCAUGGGGCUGCUGGCCAGCGGCGACGUGGCGUUCCCGCGCCGCGGCUACCCCAUGCACCGCCUUAUCCAGGAGGCGCAGAAGGCCGAGCCCAGCUCGUUCCGGGCCAGCGUGGUGCCCUGGGAGACCGCCACCGACGUGCGCCUGCAUCUGCAGCAAGUGCUGAAGGCGUGCUGAGCCGGCUGUCUGCAGGGGGCGCCCGCCGAGGUGGGGGAGGGGAGGCCGGGAAUGACCAUCUAGUUUUAUAACUCCCUUUCCCCUUUCGCUUUGGGAUGUCCGCCUCCGGGAAUUUCUAGAAUUCCAGGCCCGUCCAUUCGGGACCUGAAGGAGGUUGUUCGGAGCCAUCCCUAUCUAUGCAGUUUAACCAGCUCCGCUGCCUCCCUCAGAUCCACGGCAAAUAGUCAAAUCCUGGAGUCUAGCCCAGCUCGGGUGGUGCACAUACCUGGGAAGGCGGCAGCGUUUCCACACACCUCCUCCUCCGACCUGGGAGGAAGGGGUUCCCUUGCGGGCGAGAGAACUUUUAACUGCUGCCCGGGUCGCGUAACCUCCCCUCUCCCAGGCUUAGGUCAAGGAGAAGUCCUCCCACAUCGGACACC